CCCCCUCCCAAAUCGCUAUGCUGUGCCGCCUCAUUCUGGUUGCAGGUUGAAUCAUGAACCCUGAUUUAAUCCCGGCCAGUCGGAUACCAGCCAAUAGGUGAUCGUGCAAAGCGCAUAGGUUCGACUGCCACGUCAGUUUCACCCAUGUCAUCAAUCACAAGAUCACGCAGUGCCUUGAGUUGAGGAAAGGCUAGUUUCCAUUCCAUUCAUUGGUCAUCACUCCUUCCGCCAACACAAAGCAAACAUAUAUGCAUGUAGACUAUUCGACGCCUCGAGCAGGGUAUUGCCAUCCAACAUUUCGUAAUCCCCAACAAAUAAGGCUCUGCGGAUCAAUUCGAAAGGGAGAAGAUAGCACUUGCAUCCUGUCAAUAGGGAAUUGUUUAGAGUGUUUUAAACAUGCCUUACUUGCUUCCGGGUCAGCUCGCCGACCGUCCCUUUUCCACUUUCCACCGCACGGCGUUAUUCCAGCAAUUUCUCUGACAAUGUCACUUCGCCUAACUGCGGAAGACUAUACGGUCGCAUGGUUCGCCCCCUUGCAUUUUGAGGCUAGCGCUGCCAUUCUCAUGCUCGACGAACACCACCAAAGUCCCCUUCCAAAUGAACGACAACGGCUAUGCUACCGAUUUGGGCGAAUGGGCAGGACUAAUGUUGCAAUCGUUUUUUUCCCAUCUGGGGAGGUUGGAAUUGGUGUUGCCAGCUAUAUGGCCUCGGAGGUCCAGCGUGACUUGCGGAACGUCAGGACAGGCGUCCUUGUUGGUGUAGGUGCGGGUAUACCUCGAUAUGGACGUGAUAUACGCCUCGGGGACGUGGUAGUCGCUACUCCAACCGAGAAUAAUUCCGGUGUUUAUGGGUACGACAUGAUCAAAGUUGAGCCAGAGCAAACCAUCCUCAAGCAAUGGCAGAAUGCGCCCGAUAGACAUGUACGCUCCGCAAUCACCGCACUACGAGCUACCCCGGAGACGACCGCAAGAGUCACGUCGAACAUCGAUAGAUUCAGGAGGAGAAGCUCCUCUCAACGGCCUAUACCCCCGCCUCAUGUCCUCUGUGGAUCAUUUACGCAGCCACGUGGGCCUAUCAUCCAUUAUGGGUGUAUUUUGUCCGGAAACAGUGUUAUAAAGUCUGCCACAAGACGCGACGAGUUAGCCCGCGAAUACAAUGCCAUUGCAAUCGAAAUGGAAGCAGCAGGGAUGAUGAAUACCUUACCAGUUGCAGUGAUAAGAGGAAUCAGUGAUUGGGCAGAUUCUGAAAAGAACGACGUUUGGCAGGAGUACGCAGCAGCAACUGCUGCGGCGGUAGCAAAGGAACUUCUAGCGUGUCUAGACGGAAGCCAUUCGAUUAGCCGUAAGUACCGCACACUUUCCACUCCCGCUGCAUAUUCUCAUAUCUUCCAGACCAAUCCCAAACAUGGAACCAUCCUAGAAUGCAUAGAGCACAAUUAA